CAGCACUCAGCUGCUGAUUCUAAGCAAUGCAGUGUGAGGAGACUAGUGCAUGUGUGUAACAGGCAGAGGAGACAUGUCAGGCUCUGUUCAUCUCAGUGUGCUCCAGCAGAGCAAAUAUACAUUGCGCAUCCUAUAUAAUGCAUGCACUGCUUGUGUCAUUAGCUGUUACUAUGUUACACAGGGCUGCCACUAAUCUCAUUUUAUACCCAUGGCUGCACCAAGCUUUCUCUGCUCCUCGCCAUGUCUCCUAUGUAGGAUGAACUUUGCUUUCCAGACAGGCAGCUCAUCUGGUUUGUUCUUUCUCCUCCCUCAUUGCAUGAUGCAGAGGAAAUCCAGUCUGUAGCCAGCAUCACUCACUUGGGAGCACCUGGGCAACCAGGAGGAGUUUCAGCAGCAGUCAGAAAAACAAAACCUGCUCGUCUGGGGGAUUGGGAACAGUCACAAGCCGAGGGGAGACAAUGACUGGAGAAGUAGGGGCUGAGAGCAGUCCCUAGACAGGGGCUCAGCGCAGGGAGCUGUCCUUUCAGCACCACCUUUCAGCAGACAGCCAGCAACCUGCUAACAGGUCCUCUGUCUAAUUGCAACUUGCAUCCCUGCAUUUAGGACGUCAGAUAGGACAUGUCCAUCAGGAAUGUAUCUGACCAGGGUCGUACGGGGAUACUGAACAAGACACCCUAAUGGGGGCAGUCACAGCUGCCAAGAGACGUAAAUGGGGUGGCAGACAUGGAGAGUACCUCUGGAAGAUGUUUUUUUGGGGAUUCCAAGCACUUGGUUGUAAAGUUCAGCUGAAAAGAGGUCUGUCCCUGUAGAGGCUUGAAAUCUCAAUAUGACAGGCGCACAAUUGAGGGAUUUCUCUGAAAAUGAUUCUGAAGAUGCAGAGAUUAGUAUAAAUGUUGGCGGGUACAAGAAAAGGUUAAGGUACGACAUGCUCCUGAGAUUCCCAGAUACGAGACUUGGCAAGUUGUUGGCAUGUCAAUCGAAGGAGUCAAUCCUGGAACUGUGUGAUGAUUAUGACGAUACGAAGAACGAAUUCUACUUUGAUAGGAACCCAGAGUUGUUUCCUUAUGUGCUGCAUUUUUACAACACGGGCAAACUCCAUGUCAUGGGGGAGCUCUGUGUGUUUUCCUUCUGCCAAGAAAUUGAAUACUGGGGAAUCAACGAGUUCUUCAUAGACUCUUGCUGUAGUUACAGCUACCAUGGGAGGAAAGUGGAACCAGAGCAGGAUCAGUGGGAAGAUAAGAGUGAGCAGGAGAGCACCACAUCUUCGUUUGAUGAGAUCCUGGCAUUUUAUCACGAUGCUUCCAAGUUUGACAGACAGCCCUUUGGGAACUUCAGAAGGAGACUCUGGCUUGCUCUAGACAAUCCAGGCUACUCCAUCUUGAGUAGGAUAUUCAGCAUCUUCUCAAUUGUCAUAGUCCUUGGAUCUAUUGUUACCAUGUGCCUGAACAGCUUGCCAGACUUCCAGAUUGUCAACGCCAAUGGCAGUACAGAGGAAGACCCUCGCUUUGAGAUAGUGGAACACUUUGGGAUAGCUUGGUUCACUUUGGAGCUUGUAGUGCGAUUUGCUGUAUCUCCAGACAUCACUGUGUUCUUCAAGCAUCCACUGAACAUAAUAGAUUUUAUAUCCAUAGCUCCCUUUUAUAUCACCUUAGUUGUCAACUUGGUGGUGGAGAGCAGUCCAGCUCUUGCAAACUUAGGCAGGGUGGCCCAAGUGUUGAGACUUAUGAGGAUUUUUCGCAUUCUGAAACUUGCCAGACAUUCAACUGGUUUGAGGUCUCUGGGAGCCACCUUGAAAUACAGCUACAAGGAAGUGGGCUUGUUGCUGCUCUACCUCUCCGUGGGAAUAUCUAUAUUCUCUGUUGUAGCUUACACCAUAGAAAAGGAGGAGAAUGAUGGCUUGGCCACCAUUCCUGCAUGUUGGUGGUGGGCUACUGUUAGUAUGACCACAGUUGGAUAUGGGGAUGUGGUCCCAGGCACCAUAGCUGGGAAACUGACUGCUUCUGCUUGCAUCUUGGCGGGUAUACUGGUUGUUGUGCUUCCCAUUACGCUCAUAUUUAAUAAAUUUUCUCAUUUUUACCGAAGGCAGAGGCAGUUAGAAAAUGCUAUGAGGAGCUGUGAUUUUGGGGAUGGAGUAAAAGACAUCGUGUCUGUUAAUCUAAGGGACUACUAUGCCCAGAAAGUCAAAUCUCUAAUGGCCAGCAUCUCGAAUAUAAGUAAAAGUACUCCCAGUGAGCAGAGUCUCAACGAUUCAAUAAACUAGACCAGAGUAAACAAAAGCUGCCUGCUAGUUGCACAUUAAUUUACUCUCUCCACCUGCUGUCAUUGCAAUAUCGCUAAAAAUAAAAUCAAUACUCCAUUUACAUGCGUGGGAGCUGUUCUAACAGUAUCCCAUUACUUGACAUCAUAACUAUCUGCCAACAUUGUGUAACAAUAACUGUCAAUGAUUGGCACAGCCCUGCUGCCUGGCUUCCACGUGUUGUUGGUCUCCCUUGUAAUGAUGCGACAGAUUGUUCUCUGCACUGAUGCAAUUGUUCAGUCUUUUGCGAUCACUGUUAAAUCUGAGUGUGAGCAAUAUUCAAUGUAACCAGAUGUCUCUUUCUGUGGCCAUGUUAACAAGUGAACCAAACUUGUACUGUAUGCAUAAGGUGAAAUGUGUACUGUAACUGUGUCGGAAUGCCCAGUUCCCCUGUACCCAGUGUUGUUAAUCAGAAGCAUUGGUUUUACUAACAUCAAGUAAUUGUAAGGAUGUGUUGCUAGCUCACUGUGACCUGCAGACUUGUCCAUUGCUCAAACCAUGUCUUUCCUAAAUCAAAUGUAUCAUUCAAAUAUACAUUCCUCAGCCAAAUGUAUAAUUCAAGUACACAUUCUUCAACCAAAUGUAUCAUUCAGAUAUACAUUUCUAAACCAAAUGUUUCUUUCAAAUAUGCAUUCUUCAACAAAAUGUGAACUUGAAAUAAAAUGUAUGAUUUUUUUUA